CGACGGAAGAUACGGAUGAAAAAAGAACUGUGAGCUACUGCUCAAUUCGAAAAAAAAUAUUUUGUGAUAUUGUUUGGGUGCAGAACGAUGGUUUUAAUUGUGCUCAAAAUUCUGGCGGCGGUUUUCGUUUUGCACGUCGUCACGGUGUCGGGUUCGGUGAUCGUGGAGAAAAAGGAAAACUGGCGCUCCCCGCGCUCGAAUUUCAAAUUCAGCGUGGACGAAUUGCUGAGCAGGGUGUUCCCGACGAAAACCUCCAACGAUCUCUACAUGGACCCGUGCAAAGCAGACAGCUUCUUUGGAGACAUAGCUCUAUCUAUGCAAGACCAAUCGCCGAAAUCGGCUCCCAAGUACUCGAAUUUCCAGAAGGAAAUCGAAAAGUACAAGCAAGACAUCUUAGACGGAUUGCAAAUCGAAGAGGAAGGCUUGACGGAUUAUUUGAGAAAGAAAACCAAGCAAGCGACUUCCAUCACGUUGCCGAAACAUUACAACGACCCCUUCGACAGCGUCCCCGUGAAUUCCGGCCAAAAAAACGAGCAAAUCAUCAACAAAUUCGCCGAAAACGACGAGCUGAGCCCCUUCGAAAAAGCCACCGAUCACAAGCAAAGCAUCCCACCAGCGCAAGACGGCGAUGUAACAUUCAAAUCAAGGAAACGAAGACACUUAAACACCGUUAGAUCUAAUAGCCACAGGUUCCCCAAGGAGCCGCCGGUUCACGAAUUCGAGCCGAAUUUCGACCUGAAGAGGAAGAGCACCGCCUCGUACGAGAGGCCCCACAUGAGGGUGAUCCGGGCGGCGACGGCGAGGAAGGAAAGGAUCUGGGACUACGGGGUGAUUCCGUACGAGAUCGACGGGAAUUUCAGCGGCUUGCACAAGGCGCUGUUCAAGCAGGCGAUGAGGCACUGGGAGAACUUCACGUGCGUGAAAUUCGUGGAGAGGAACCGGGACGAGCACCAGAAUUACAUCAUAUUCACGGAGAAACCCUGCGGAUGCUGUUCUUUUGUAGGAAAAAGAGGUAAUGGCGGUCAGGCCAUUAGUAUUGGAAAAAACUGCGAUAAAUUCGGCAUUAUUGUUCACGAACUGGGGCACGUAGUGGGCUUCUGGCACGAGCACACGAGACCCGACAGAGACAAGCACGUCAACAUCAUCCGAGAGAACAUCAUGAGCGGCCAGGAAUACAAUUUCAAUAAACUCAGCGAAGACGAGGUGAACUCGUUGGGUAUUCCGUACGAUUACGAUUCUAUUAUGCACUACGCUAGAAACACCUUCUCGAAAGGAACUUAUUUAGACACCAUUCAACCUAUCGAUGUACCGGGCAGGAAACGUCCUGAAAUCGGCCAGAGGAUCCGCCUUAGCGAAGGAGACAUCGCUCAAACGAAUCUACUCUACAAAUGUCCAAAAUGCGGUCGGACUUACCAAACGAACUCGGCGACGUUUUCACCGCCCGUGUACGUGGAAAGCGCGCCGAAGGACGAGGUGCGUUGCGAGUGGCGCAUCACGGGAACCCACGGCGAAAAAAUCGUCCUGAACAUCAGCAAUCUGGACAUCGCGAAAUCGCCGGACUGCAAAACGGACUACAUAGAAAUCCGGGACGGUUAUUGGCACAAAUCGCAGAUACUCGGGCUGUUCUGCGGCACCGGGCAGAUCCCUUUGAUCAGAUCGACGGGAAGCCGAAUGCUGGUCACUUACGUUUCGAAGAACCCCAAAGGCCACAAAGGCUUCAUCGCCAGCUACGAAGCUAUCUGCGGAGGGGACCUUCACAUCGACUCCGAAGGGCACCUGGAGUCUCCGAACUACCCGGAAGAUUACCAAGCGAACAAGGAGUGCAUUUGGAAGAUCAUCGUUCCGAAAAACCACCAGGUCGCUUUGCGAUUCCUCUCCUUCGACGUGGAAAACCACGACAACUGCGUGUACGACUACGUGGAGAUCAGGGACGGGCUGACGUCCGAUAGUCCGAUUUUGAAGGUUUACUGCGGGCAUAAAAUCCCGCCCGACACGAUAUCGUCCUCGAAUGAGAUGCUCGUUAAGUUCGUUUCCGACGGAUCCGUCCAGAAAACCGGAUUCUCCGCCAUAAUCAUGAAAGAAUACGACGAGUGCUCCAAAAUCGACCACGGAUGUGCACAACAAUGCGUCAACACUCUAGGGAGCUACGUGUGCACUUGUAAAAUAGGAUACGAGCUCCACUCCGACGGGAAAAAUUGCGAAGAUGCCUGCGGUGGGAUCUUCGAAGCGGCCAACGGAACCAUCACGUCGCCUUCCUUCCCGGAUUUGUACCCGCUAAAUAAAAACUGCGUUUGGGAAAUAGUGGCGCAGCCACAAUAUCGCAUAACAAUAAAUUUCACGCAUUUCGAGCUGGAAGGGAACCUCAACGCGCAGCAACUGCAAUGCGAGUACGACAAAGUGGAGAUAUACAGCAAAUUGAAAGAGGAGAAACUGAAGAAACACGGAUCCUUCUGCGGGCCCAAAGCCCCCGGUCCCAUUACAUCCGAAGGGAAUAUUAUGAGAAUUGUGUUUACAUCGGACACCAGCGUGCAAAAGAGCGGAUUCGCUGCCGUGUUUUUUACAGAUAUGGAUGAGUGCGCAAUCAACCAUGGAGGUUGCGAGCACGAAUGCGUGAAUACAUUAGGAGCGUACAUUUGCACGUGCCACAACGGGUACACUCUAGCAGAAAACGGCCGGGACUGCAAAGAAGGGGGAUGCAAAUACGAAAUCUCCACGCCGUACGGCACGCUAGGCAGCCCGAACUACCCCGAUUACUACCCAGCGAGGAAGGACUGCGUGUGGCACUUCACCACCACGCCGGGCCACCGGAUCCGCAUAGCCUUCCAGCUCUUCGAGCUGGAGCCGCACCAGGAGUGCUCCUACGAUCACGUCGACUUCUACGACGGCUCGUCGCCGGAAUCGCCGUCGCUGGGCCGGUUCUGCGGAUCGAAGCUGCCCCAUUUGAUAGUCACGUCGGGCAAUCAGAUGUACAUGACUUUCAGGUCGGACGCGUCCGUGCAAAGGAACGGGUUUUGGGCCACGCAUUCGACCGUGUGCGGCGGCAUGUUGGAGGCCACGUUCGAGAAACAGCACAUUUAUUCGCACGCGAAAUUCGGCAGCGCGAGUUACGAGAACCGGGCGGAUUGCGAGUGGAGGAUCGAGGCUCGCGGGGGCUACAACGUGAAAUUGUCGUUUUUGACGUUCAAUAUCGAAGACGAGAAGGAUUGCGGGUACGAUUACGUUGAGAUAAUCAGCGGGCUGGACUCCAGCGGGCCGUCGUAUGGGAAAUAUUGUGGAUCCAAGAAACCAUUUGAUAUCACCUCCACCCACGAGGCACUUCUAGUGAGGUUCAAAACUGAUGAUACUCUAGUAAGCAAAGGGUUUAGUCUUGUGUACGAAGCUGUGGAGAGCUCGACGAGCGAAGAAGAAAUUUAAGGAAAUCAAAUUUGACCUAUUCGCAAUCACUUUCGUUAGAAAUUUCGCGUUUUAAUCAUAAGUAAACGGGCACCCAAUUAAGAUGGCUGAACUGUUUCAUUUAUCUAAUUACAUUGUAUUAAUUAUUUUUUUUUAAUGACUACCUAAUAGAAAAUAUAAAUUGUAGUAUUAUCUAUUUAAGUUAGUAUUUUAUUAUCAUAUACACCUCUAUAUCAAUGAAAUUGACGUUUUAAAAUAAUAUAAAACAAAUAAGUAAUAUUACAAUUCUGCUUGAAACUGCCAUUUUAUUUGGGUUCGUAAACAACUUCAAAUAAAACACAAAAUUCGAAAUAAAAGCAUCAAAUUUCAAUCAAUGCUGAAACGAAAAUUAUAAUAGUUAGUGAUAAAUGUAAAUAAAGAAUUAUAAAUAUGAUUAAAAUUGUAGAUAUAAGAAUAGACUAAGCAACUAAGCCUUAUCUCUUAUUUGUAGGACCGUAGCUCGUGACAUUUUGUAACGUAGUAUUUACUCAGUGUGAUGAUUAUAAUUGUAAUAUACAGUGCGACAGGAAUAUCUGGAGACGCGAAGGUCACAUGCGCAGUAGCAAAGUGCACAUCUUGCAGCACCUGUCAUUCCUGUCAAACUGUGCUAUAGUUUUAAAUUUCAAGCGCACUUGAUGCGCAUCUGUUAUGAAAUUACAAUAGCUGAAGUAAUAUUUCACGGCGAAUAUUCGCUUCAACAAUUUUAAUUCGAUUAUUUAUUAAUUGUGUAUUUAUUUAUAAUACAUUUUAUAAUUAUAAAAAUACUAAAUAGAAAUAAAGAAAUAAGUAAGAGUUGAUAUUAUUUUAAAGAUAAUGCCAUUACAUAUUAUCCUACGUGAUUUAGGUGGUUUGAAUGAAUAUAUCUGAAUAUUUUUAAAGUUUUUAUGUUUUUUGAGUCCGGGGGAACAACGCACUAUAGAGGAUAAACAUCGCGCAAUCAGAUAUGACUAUCUCUUCACAUGUAUACAUAAUAUAUUUAUAUAUUUUACACAUAUUUAAUUAACUUAAUAAAGCUGUUGGACUAUGACCCUCGGUCGAAAUAAUUUAGCACACUUACAAAUGUAUUAACUAAAUUAACUAAUUAUUAUUAAUUAUAGUAUACACUGAUGUGUUUAUAUUUUAUCCAAUUUAAAACUGAUCAACGAGGAGAUCGCAAAGCUCCACUGAUACGGACUCUUUGCUGGAACGUACAGUCAAUCGAUACAUCUGCAAUAAAAAACAUGCUAUGAAUCAAAGCUCAUCAAAGAUCAAAAAGAGUACCUGAGCAUUCCGGUUUGGUUCUAAUCUCAAAAGACAGCCGACUUGCUGGGAUCUCAUGUGAAUAAUACCGGCACAAACGAAAUUAUCCGGAUUGGGAUCGAUUCCCUCCAACAGCUGCAUCCCAAAACCGAUGAUUUUGGUUUUCGCUGCUUGCAGAUCCAUCGGAGCGGUCGCUUUGAAUAUUUUC